CUGUCGCUAAGACAGCGUCAAGAUGGAAAAUCUUUCGUAUUACCUUUUAAUUUUCGGAUCGUUUUUGUGUGUUUGGUUCUUGUGGCGGCGCCGGAAACUGUACGUUUUGUCUUUCCAACUGCCCGGCCCAACAGCUCUACCCCUGGUAGGCAACGGGUUCUCCUUCAUGUGCAAAACGGAAGAAUUACUAGAUCAAAUACUGAAACUAACUGACCCUUAUCCUUCUCCUGGGAAGCUUUGGUUAGGUCCAAGACUUAUUGUUUUUAUAAAGGACCCCGAUCAACUACAAGUUUUAAUGCAGUCAUCAAAAAUGUCGACAAAAUCGUUCAUAUACAGAUUUCUGGAACCUUUCAUGGGAAAAGGUCUGUUUACUUCUUCAGGGUUUCAACAUAAAUCCCAAAGGAAACUACUUCAGCCCUUAUUUGGACCAAAGGUUUUGGAAGGAUAUAGCCAUCUUUUUCAAAAACAUGCUACCAAAUUUGCUAAUGUUCUCAAACCAUAUGCUGAUAAAGAUGCAUUUGAUGUUUUGAUGUUGUUACAUGAAUCUGCAUUCGAAGCCACAAUGGAUAUUCUGGUAGAAGACAAAAAUGAUCAUUCCAUAGACUAUAAACACAUUCCUGAAUACGUUAGAAGAUUUUAUCAUAUAUUUUCCUUAAGAACUGUAUCGUUUUGGAUGUACCCAGACUGUUUUUAUAAACUAACCAGUUAUUACAAAGAACAGCUGGCAAUGGUUAAAAUAGCAACUACCUUGACAGAAGAGGUGAAGAAUGCUAGAAUUCCAGAAAUUCUAAAGAAACUAGACUGUAAACAAGAAGUUAAGAAUCCGAGACAACCAUCCAUGUUAGAAGCUAUGGUGGAAAUGGUGGUAAACAACCCAGAAUGUCUAAAUGAAACGGAAUUCAAGGACCACAUGCUUACUUUUGUAGCGACAAGUCAAGAUACUCAAAGUUCAGCGAUUGCUUUCACUCUGAUGAUGUUGGGAAUGCAUCCUCAGAUUCAGUGUAAUCUUGUGGAAGAGCUCAAAAAAGUUCUUGGAGAUAAGAAAUGCUUGGAUUUCGGCGACUUGGGCAAACUGAAAUAUAUGGAAAUGUGCAUAAAGGAGGCUAUGCGUCUUUUUCCUUUGGGACCUUUCUUGCCUAGAGACGUGGUUGAAGACGUCCGAUUGGGGAAAUGGACAUUUCCAGCAGGUUGUUCGGUUCUUUUCUGUGUUUACCAGGUGCAUAGAAAUCCACGGUUAUGGGAGAAGCCAGAAGAAUUUUACCCUGAACAUUUCACUGCUGAAGCUAUUUCAAACCGGCACCCUUUCGCUUUUCUACCUUUUAGUGCUGGACCCAGACGCUGCAUAGCCCAGCAGUAUUCUUAUGUGAACAUGAAGAUCAUAAUAGGUACAAUUCUACAAAACUACAUUAUAGAAUGCGGAGGAAAUUUAAAAGAUUUAAAAUUGCUGACGGACGUGUCAAUCAGGCCUUCAGGUGGAUACAUGAUAAGGAUAAAAAAUCGUAAAAUUAUAAUGAUGGGGAAACAAAUGUUUUCACUGGACAUAAAUGCAUUUUUAAAUAUGGUUUGGUUCUCGCACGUAGAUGUAUUUGCUGUAAUUUUUAUUAUAAUUGCGAUUUACAUAUACAAAAACAAAGAAAUUUUUAAGUUAUCGUGGCGGUUACCUGGUCCCACGGCGUGGCCAAUUUUUGGGAAUGCAUUUGCGUUCCUUUGUAAAGAUGAAGAUUUAUUCGAGAGAGCGGUUUACUUGUCUUCGAGAUACCCCAGCCCCAUGAGGAUUUGGUUUGGUCCGAAGUUCGCCUUUGUAGUGACUAACGUUGUUCAAGCAGAGAAAAUUCUGUCGUCCAUGAAAUUUACUACUAAAGAUAAGAUGUACAAAUAUAUGGCGGUAUUCAACGGAGAAGGUUUAAUAUCUGGAUCUGGUCCCAAGUGGAAAAGAGACAGGCGUUUGAUGACCCCUUUGUUUUUAAAGAAAAACGUUAUUCAACAUUUUCCUUAUAUUCUGAAUCACACGAAAAUAUUAGCAAAACUGUUAGAAGAAAAAGCUGACAAAUCCAUAUUUAAUGUAAUACACGACAUCCAAAGAUGUGCCGCUGAUUUUGUCAAUGAGACAAUCAUUGGAAUAAAAACAAAUGCGCAAGGGGGUGAGUUGGAGAAUUUGCUAGAAAAUUUGACGAGAAUGUACACAGUCGUUCAUGCGCGAAUGGUCAAAGUUUGGUUGCAAGUAGACUGGAUAUUUAGAUUCACCAAAUAUAAAAAACUGGAGGAAACUGGGAAACAAGUCAUACAUGGAUUUUUCCGUGAAGCGAUCAGAAUAAACAAAGAAACCCACGUGUGUACCGCCAAGAACGAUCUAUCGUUUCGAAAUCUAUUGGACCAAAUGUUGGAUAUAAGAGACGACGUGACUAAUUUUGCUACUGACGAGGAAUUGGUCCACCAUCUCACAACGUUAUACUCUGCUUCUGAAGAUACUGUUAGUACAAUAUCAUCGUUUACUUUGAUGUUGCUUGGAAUAUACCCUAACAUCCAAAGCAAAGUUGUAGAAGAGAUAUUAUCCGUGGUUGGUGAUAGAGAUAUAGAGGAAGGAGAUCUUGCCAGACUGGUGUACUUGGAUAUGGUCAUUAAGGAAGUUCUGAGGCUAUUUCCCAUAGCACCUUUCCUUGCUAGGGAAGCAUCUCAAGAUUUCCAGUUAGAUGAAUGGACCAUACCAAAAGGAUGUACAGUGGUUGUGUCCAUCCAAAACAUUCAUAGGGAUGGCAAACUUUGGAUGAAACCAAACGAAUUUUAUCCUGAACACUUCCUUCCGGAAGCACUGGAAAAAAGGCAUCCUUAUGCCUUUCUUCCCUUUAGUGCAGGACCAAGAGGAUGCCUGGGUAAACCAUAUGCCUACAUGGCAAUGAAAAUAGUCCUCGUGACGAUACUUCAAAAUUACUUGGUUGAAGCUGAGGGCACAUUGGAAGACAUACGGUUGAAGACCGAUAUCAGCGUGAGAACUAAAGAUGAAAUAUAUCCCAUUCGUAUCAGAAGACGGAAGAAGUAAAUUGCAACGUUUCUGCUACCUCUCAACUCAUAGUAGUUAUUUACAUCCGAUGCA